AUGACAAGUUGGCAGGCCCGCGUGCCAGCUGCUGAAAUUUGUUAAUUAAAAAAAUGCAAAAAUGACACGGGAGAUAAAUAAAGUGAACUACUAAGCGUACUGAAAGUAAAUCAACUAAUUCCCUUUCAAGGCGAAAUGGAGAAGCGACAGAGGGAGCUGGAGGCGCUAGUGUCCACCCAAAAGGAGCAACUGGGGCGCUAUGAGAAGCGUCUAAAAGACGUGGUCACUGCCUACAAGGGUCUGCUUAAGGAGAAGGAGGCAUUGGAGACGAGUCUGGCGGCGCAUGCGGAGGCCACGGCAGUGGGCGAGUCCGAAUCGCCGUCCAGGGAGCUGAAGUCUAAAAAAACCAGCGCCGACUCUGCGGAUGGAGCAACCGAGGGCGUUGCACAGGGUCCUUUUGUUCCGCCAGCCGAGGGUCAACUGCAGACCCAAAUUAUCACCCUGAUGAACUCGCUGGCCACUCUUUCCGCUGAGAAAUCCCGCAUGGAGGCCUCCUUCCAGGCGGAUAAAAAGCAACUGCGCGGCCAAAUCGCCCAAAAGGAGCAGACCAUACAGGAGCUUAAUACGCGGGCCAAGGAGCAGGCUGCGCAGGCCAAAAGCGACGUGGACGAGGUCAAGGCAAAGUGGAUUGUGGAGCGACAGGAGCGCGAGAAGGAGACCAACAACCAAAUGCUCAUGAUCCGCGAACUGCAGAAGCUCUAUGCUGACGAGCGGCAUCUAAAGGACAACAUCGAGAUGCAGUUGAACAACUUCAAGACCCAGUUCGCCAGCAACGAGGCGGAAAAUAGCCGGCUACGGGAAUUGCAGUCCCAGCUAAAGGAGGCUCGCUCCCAGCUAAAACAGUUCCAGACCAAGGCCGAGCACUCUGCAGCAGCGUCAGCGAGUGCAGACAGCGCCGCUCUCGUUCAGCAAGUGCGCCUUGAGAUGCAGCAGCUGAAGGAGCAGCAUUCAGUGGCCAUUCGUCAAGAACAGCGACGCGUGCUGCGAGCAGAGGAACAGAGUCGCAGGCAGGCGGCGCUGCACGAGGAUCGCGUGGCCAGUCUAGAGGCACGCCUGGCGGAGCUCAGCACCACUGUGGGCACCUACGACCGCCUGCGUCAGCAAGAUCAGGACAGCAUCCAUGAUUUGAAGCAGCAGCUGCAGGAUCUAGAGCAGGCACACGUGCGUCCAACAUCCAAUUCAAGGGCGCUUAACGAAGAUGUGGACGUAGCCACGCUGGUUGACGAGAUGGUGCGCCUGAAGAAACUGCUUACCACAGCCAAUGCCCGUUCUGCCAAUCCACUGGAUCUCGGGGAGAUCCUAUCAUUUAGCGGCCAAACAGCUACGCGAGUCGAGAGUCACGCCCACUGCGAGCAACAGCUUCAGGGUGUGCAGCAAAUGCUCGAGGCAUCCAAGCAGCAGCGACAGCUACUCGAACAGAAGGUGCAGCUGCAGCACUCGCACAUCCAAACGCUGCAGGAAAAGGUGCAGGUGCUUAAUCGCAACAUCGACGAGGCGGAAGUUGAACUAAAGCAGCAGGGCGAAAAGCUGCGCCUGGCAUUGAAAAACGAGCGAACCAAGUGGCAGGAAGCCAAGGCUGAACUUGAGAACGAGACGCGCUGCAAACUGAACGAGCUGGAACAGCUACUGCAGAAGCAGCGCCAGAGGUCACUGCAGCUGCUGGACGAGAAGGAGCAGGAGAUCAAGACACUGCAGACCUCCUUCGAGGUCUUUCACUCGGCCAGCGGUGUGGGCAGCACACUGGCCACACCCACACUGGAAGCAGCUGCCGAUUCCUUUCACUAUUCCUCCGACACCGACAGCGUAGAGGGCGAGCAGCGGGAAAGGAAGGUGAAGGUGCGCUCCAAGAAAAUGUCGAUGGGCGAGAACUGCCACAUGCUGCACUACGCCAACGAGUUGGCGCGCAAGGACAUCGAAAUCACGACACUGCGGAAAGCCAAGUACGCCGCCGAGUCGACGCUGCGAAAGGCGAUCCAGGACAAGGUGACAUCUCAGCAAGAAAUGCACGAGAAAAUCGAGUGCCUGGAAGAGCAGGUGGACAGACUCGAACGUUGCAAGACGCGCGAGGGUGCCAAUCUGGAGUACCUGAAGAACGUUAUUAUCAGCUACAUUGUUACCCGAGACGCGGACGGCAAACGUCACAUGCUGAACGCCAUCUCGGCGGUGCUCCAGUUCACCACCGCAGAGAUGCAGGCGAUCAAUGCAUCAUUCCAGAAGAAAUAACAUUCGUACUUUUGUUUAACAAUCAUGUGCAACAUAUUUAAAACUCUACAAACAGAUCCUAAAUAGAUAACUAACUAAAUCCGA